CUUUUCCUAAAAACUCAUUUCCCCAAAUUUUCGAGUUCGUCUCUGGAAACAAAAUUCCGUGCGAGAAAUUCUUCCAUGGCGUUGGACGAAGAAACCCGGUCAGAGCCUCCGCAAGUGUACCUCAGUUUUCGAGGAGACCUGCGCCAGAGCUUUAUCGCUCACCUCGAGAUGGCGUUGAGAAGGAACGGAGUCAACGUUUAUGUAGACAGUGAAAUCUCGAAGGGUCAACCUAUUGAUAGCCUUUUCAAGAGGAUCGAAGAGUCGAAGGUGGCGCUUGUAAUCUUCUCGGAAAGGUACACUCAAUCGUCAUGGUGCUUAGACGAGCUGGUGAAGAUAGUAGAAUUAGCUGAGGAAGGCAAACUCAUGGCGAUUCCCAUUUUCUACAAGAUGGAUCCAUUCCAAGUGGGACGGCUUGAUGGAGAUUUCGGAAUUAACUUGUGGAAUCUCGGGAAACGUAAUUCUGACUUCGACAAGCUCAAGAAAUGGAAGGAAGCUUUGGAUCUCGUUUCAAAAAGAAUAGGGCUCGUGUUAAAUGAGAGCAGUAGCGAAUUCAUGUUUAUCGAAGAAAUCGUCAAUCAAGUCCAGAUGGCUUUGAUCCGUCUUCCAAGGGAUCAGCCUGAAGCUAAGUUUCCCGAAAAAUUACGAAAGGACGAUGAUUUACUCGGUGAAAAAAACUCUGACGCAACCCCUAAGCUACAGGAUAGCUCUGAGAACAAUAAAGUUGGCUCACCCAAUGAAGAAAACAAGCAAGAAAAUGUAAGCGAAAGCUUUACCAUGGUACCCUCCUCAGAGCAUAAAGUCUACAUCAAUUUUCGAGGAGCUGACCUACGCCAUGGCUUUGUCAGCCACCUCAUCCCGGCCUUAAAAAUGAACGGGGUCGGCGUCUUCGUAGACCAAAUGGAGGCGAGAGGUCAAGAAAUUGGAAGCCUUUUCAAGAGGAUCGAGGAAUCAGAGAUCGCGCUCGUCAUCUUCUCGGAAAGGUACACUGAAUCGGCAUGGUGCUUAGACGAGCUGGUGAAGAUCAAAGAAACAAAAGAGGAAGGCAAACUCAUUGCGAUUCCCAUUUUCUACAAGGUGGAGCCAUCGCAGGUUAGAAAACUGAUGGGACAAUUUGGUGACAACUUUUGGAGGUUGUGCCGUAGUAGCCGGGCUGGGCAUAUCAUGAAAUGGAAGGAAGCUUUGGAAUCUACUGCGUCCACUUUGGGCUUCGUCUUGAGUGAGGGCAGUUCUGAGAGUAGGAUCGUCACUGACAUCGUCAAGAAUGUCAUGAGGAUUAUAUCGGAGCAGGAAGGAGAAAAACCGUCUCUAUUUCCUUCUACAGCGAAAGGAAAAAGAACUGAAUUGCCCACAGGAAAAGAAGAAAAGCUUUUUGGAAUGGAGCUACGUAUGGAGCAAUUGGAGAAAAAGUUGGAGUUUGAUUGCAAUGAUACUCGAAUUAUUGGAGUUGCUGGGAUGCCUGGUAUUGGUAAAACCACUCUCGCAAUGAAGCUGCACGAAAAGUGGAACCGCAAGUUUGUCCGUUGCGUUCCUUUUCUGGAUAUCCGUAAGAAGUCAGAGGACUAUGGGCCAGCGGGGCUGCGAAAGACACUCCUGGAACUUUUACUCGAGGGGAAGUUAAGUGACGAGUCAACACAUGGAUCUGUGAAAGUUGAACUACUCAAGACAAAGAUUUUUGCUGUUCUAGAUGACGUGAGUGACAAGGAACAGUUAGAGUUUCUCCUGGGUGAACUUGACUGGAUUAAGAAGGGAAGCAAGAUUAUUAUUACAACGUGUGACAAGUCAUUGCUUGAGGGAUUCACUAAUGAUACUUAUGUGGUCCCGGAAUUGAACGAUGGAGAGGCCUCUCAACUCUUAAGAUAUCAUGCCUUCGAUGGUCAAUGUAGUCCCACCAGUACCUUCCUGAUGCUCUCUAGAAUUUUUGUGGAAUACGCUCGAGGACACCCAUUGAUUCUCACAUUACUAGGUAGGGAAAUUUAUGGGAAAGGCGAGGCUGAAUUGGAAAUGGUGACAGAAAAACCCAAUAUGAUGGUCCAAAAUGCCUGGAGAUUCUUUGCUGAACAACUAAAACUUAGUGACAAGCAGAAAGAUGUGUUUCUCGACAUAGUGUGCUUUUUUAAAUCAGAGGAUGAGUACUUUGUUAGGAGUUUACUAGAUUCAGGAGAUCCUGACUCUACUGAUGCUGUGAGUGAAGUAAAAGAUCUCGUUAACAAGUUCCUGAUUACAAUCACUGAUGGCCGAGUAGAGAUGAAUGUUCCACUACAUACGUUCUCUAAGGACCAAGGUUCUCCUCGGUGGCUUAGCCUGUCGAACUACGAAGAAAUCAUCAGCGUGCUAACGAAAAUGGAAGAAUCAGAUGUCAAUAACGUAAGAGGUAUUUUCUUAGACACUUCAAACUUAACGAAGAGCAUGUGCUUGGACAUUUCAACCUUCAUUGAUAUGCGCAAUCUUCGAUACAUGAAAAUAUACGAUUCUUGUUGUCUGCGGCAAUGUAAAGCUGACUGCAAAUUACACUUCCCGGAUGGGCUUGAAUUCCCCUUGGAAGAGAUCCGAUAUCUUCAUUGGGUGAAAUUUCCAUUGGAGGAGCUUCCACCAGACUUCAGACCGGAGAAUCUUGUUGACCUUAGGCUGCCAUACAGUAAGAUUACACGUGUUUGGGAAGGCGAAAAGGAGACACCACGGUUGAAGUGGGUAGAUCUAAGCCACUCGAGUGAGUUGCUUGACUUGUCAGCAUUGUCAAUGGCUGAAAAUCUUCAAAGACUCAAUCUGGAAGGCUGCACGAGUUUGGAUGAGUUGCCGGUGGAGAUUCAAAACAUGAAGUCUCUUGUUUUCCUGAACCUGAGAGGAUGCAUACGUCUUUGGUCUCUUAAGAUGAAUUUAAUCUCUUUGAAAACACUCAUCCUCAGUGAUUGCUCAAACCUAAAGGACUUUCAGCUUAUUUCAGAAAGUGUAGAAUUUUUGCAUUUAGAUGGCACGGCAAUCAAAGGACUUCCUCUGGCUAUACAGAACCUCCGGAGGCUUGUCAUGUUGAAUUUGAAAAACUGCAAAAUGUUGGAGUCCCUUCCCGAUUGUCUGGGUGACCUGAAAUCUCUUGACAAGCUAAUACUCUCUGGUUGUUCAAGGCUUAAGAAUCUUCCGGAUGUCAGGAAUAGCUUAAAACAUCUCCAGAUUUUACUUCUUGAUGGGACAGGAGUAAAAGAGAUGCCAAGCAUGUCAUGCUUCACUGGAUCCGAAAGCCCAGCUUCUGAAGAUACGUUCUUACAACCUCUAGGAUCACAUUGCAGCGCGAGAGAAUGGCCAUGUGGUGUUAGGGAAGUAUCCUCACUGCGACGUCUAUGUUUGAGUGGAAAUGAUUUUGUCACCCUGCAUCCUGACAUUGGGAAACUUUAUAAUCUGAAAUGGCUCGAUGUGAAGUAUUGCCAGAGGCUGAUAUCUGUUCCAAUGCUUCCACCAAGACUUCAGUACUUUGAUGCACAUGGUUGUGAUUCACUGGAAACAGUUGCAAAUCCUGUAGCCCUUUCCGUGUUGUCUGACCCUAUCCAUGCCACUUUUAAUUUUUCCAACUGCAACAAGUUGGAUCAAGACGCAAAGGAUAAUAUCAUUUCCUAUACUCGGUGGAGAAGCCAGUCAGUGCUAGAUGAACUAACACGAUACAAUGGGGGUUUAGUUUUGGAAGCUUUGAUUGGAACUUGUUUUCCUGGAUGGGAAGUACCGGCGUGGUUCAGUCACCGAGCCUCUGGAUCGGUGUUAAAUCCGAAGCUGCCUCCACACUGGUGUGACAACAAGUUUACUGGGAUUGGUCUAUGCGCUGUUAUCGUAUUUGAUGGUUACCACAACCAGAGGAAACGUGUCUUACUGAAAUGUAAUUGUGAGUUCAAGAAUGAAGAUGGGUCUAGUAACCGCUUUUGCUGCACUGUUGGAGGUUGGAGCGAACCAAGUAACACAUCACGGGAGAUUGUGUCAUCUCAUGUCUUUAUUGGCUUUACGAGUAGGUUGGAUAUCAACAAAAUUAGUGAAGAGGACGAUGAAUGUGUUUGUACUGAAACCUCUGUUGAGUUUGAAGUGACAGAUGGUAUGGAAGAGAUCAGAGGUUGCGAGGUGGUGAAGUGUGGAUUUAGUCUGGUAUAUGCACCGGAAGAAAGGGGAAAUAUAUGUUCAGCUUUAAAAACUGAACUCCAAUAGAGAGAUGAGAACAUCCCACGUGAAGCAAAACACAAAACUCUUGUCGAGACAAUUUUAGAAAGGUGAGAAUCCUAAAUGAGUUGGAUCUUGAGCUACUGAGUUUGUUUUAAUCGCUUGAGUCAUGAAAAAGUGAAGCAAAAACUGCAUAUAUUUCAAUAAAGUCUGGGAGAGAUAAUAACUCACCCAUCACAAGCAAAAUCUAUUAUAUUAUUUGCGAAGUCA